UCUUCUCCCGGAUGUUUUUUUUUUCUCCCCUCCAAACAUACGGGACCUAUUAUCAUUCAUUGUUUUCAAAAUGAAAGAUAUGUGUUUGAGAUAGGUCGUGUUUUUUCCUAGACCGACAUUUAUUGUAGGUUUCGGCUUGCAUCCUCACAGGAAAAACUGAGUGUUUAAUUCAGAAAUAGCGAUACAAGACCCUUGUGAAGGAAACAUGCCUCUCGGGUUAAAACCAUGCUGCGCUGUCUGCAGGAGCAGCUCUUCUUCCAUGUGGAAAAAAGGACACCAGGGAGAGAUUCUGUGCAACAACUGCUCGGGGAGAAGCAUCACUAGCGGAAGCUCCGGAGCAUCUGCUUCAUCCAGCAUCCAGCAGAACAACGGCGGAGGAAAACAGUCCAGACAUGAAAUCCACAGACGCUCCGCUCGGUUACGGAGCACCAAGUACAAAGCUCCGGCCUCCGAGAAGAAAGUCUCGACCAAAGGAAAGGGCAGACGGCACAUUUUCAAGCUGAAAAAUCCUAUCAAAGCACCAGAGUCUGUGUCAACGAUCAUCACAUCAGAGUCCAUGUUUUACAAGGGCGUGUAUUAUCAGAUAGGAGACGUCAUUAAAGUAACAGACGAGGACGACGGUAAACCCUAUUACGCACAGAUCCGAGGUUUCGUCCAGGACCAGUACUGUGAGAAGAGCGCGGCGUUAACUUGGCUGAUCCCGACUCAGACCAGUCCUCGAGAUCGCUUUGAUCCUGCCACGUACAUUGUUGGCCCUGAAGAGGACUUGCCAAGAAAAAUGGAGUACCUGGAGUUCGUCUGUCACGCCCCGUCAGAGUAUUUCAAAUCACGAAGCUGCCCUUUCCCAACAUUACCGGUUCGUCCAGAAAAAGGCUACAUCUGGACACAUAUAGGACCGACGCCUGCCGUCGCCAUCAAAGAAACUGUAGGGUGACGUCAACCCCCCAAAACCAGACCGAACUGAACUUCUUUUGUUAUUUACGAGACAUUUCAAUACAAUUUCAAGAACUGUCCUGACGAUCGUGUGUGGAGCUGGCCAUUCAACAGUACAUUUGAUUUCAUUUUCAUACUAAAACUGCAAAUGGAAACUUUAUGCACAAAGUUCAAUUU